AUGUCGUACAAGAUCGCCGCCCCCGAUGAGUACCUGGCCAUCACCGGUAUGGGCGUCCGGAAUGAGGUCAAGAUCACCAAAGCCGCCUGGGUCUGGCCCUUCCAGAAAUGCAUGCGAUUCAGCGUCCAACCUCAGGACUACGCGAUGAACCUACAGGCCAUGACUAAGGAGAAGCUCCAAUUCCUCCUUCCCGUUGUCUUCACCGUCGGUCCCCACGUCCCCAUGUUGAGCGAUGAAGUGACGCACCCCGACGACCUCGAGGCCCCCAGGGUCGACCCUGCCGAGGCCCUCAUGCGAUACGCCAUCCUCCUCGCCGAGAGCCGCGACAGCAAGCAGUCGACGCAUAGCUACCUCGAGCAGAAGAUCAAGAGUAUCGUUGAGGGUGAGGUGCGAGUGCUCGUAUCGAGCAUGACCAUUGAGGAAAUCUUCAGCGAGAGGGAACUGUUUAAGAGGCGUGUCCACAAGAAUAUCCAGACGGAAUUGAAUAAAUUCGGUGUUUACAUCUUCAACGCAAAUCUCAAGGAGUUGGUCGACGCACCCAACUCGAUAUACUUCGAGUCCCUGAGUCGCAAGGCCCACGAGGGCGCGACCAACCAGGCCAGAAUUGAUGUCGCCGAAGCGCAACUGCGUGGUAAUGUCGGCGAGGCAGAGAGGCGAGGUAUGCAAGAGCGAGAAAUCGCCAAGAUCAACGCCACAACAGCAGUUCAAAAGACGGAGCGCGACAUCGAGAGGGCCGCGGCCGAAGCUCGCCUCAACACUAGGCAAGCCGAACUCACCAGGGACGUCGACAUCGCGCGCAUCGAGGCGCAGAGGCAGAUCGAGUCGACGGAUGAGGAUCUCAAGAAGCAGGUCGAGGUGAAGAGGGCGGCGGCCGAGAUCGAGAGGCUCAGGGCCACCGACGUCGUCAAGGCCUCGAUUGCCCGUGAGGCGAAGCAGCAGGCGGCGGAUGCCAAGGCGUACGAGGUCGUCGCCGAGGCUAAGGCCGCGUUCGAGAAGUCGCAGCACUUGACCGAUGCGUCGGCGUACAAGACGACCACGGACGCCAAGGCCACCGCCGACGCCGACUUCAGCAGGAUCACCAAGCAUACCGAUGCUGAGGCGUACAGUACCCGCGUGGACGCCGAGGCUAGGAACUAUGCCGCUCAGCAGCUCGCCGAGGCCGAGCUUACCAAGAAGCUCAAGGAGGCCGAGGGUAUCAGCGCCAUGGCCGACGCCUACGGCAAGCUUGCGAAUGCCUUCGGUGGCCCUGCUGGUCUGCUCCAGUACAUGAUGAUCGAGAAGGGCACGUACGUGGCCCUCGCCAAGGCCAAUGCCCAGGCCGUCCAGGGCAUGCAGCCCAAGAUUAGCGUCUGGAACACGGGGAGCCAGGGUGAGGGUUCUGGCAACGGUGGCAUCGACACUAUGCGCAAUGUUUACCAGAUGUUGCCGCCGUUGAUGACUACUAUUAAUGAGCAGACGGGCAUCACUCUUCCCGAGUGGCAGUUUGGCAAGCUCGCUGCCACGACCGGCGAGGUUGCCCGCGCUCAGGGAAAGCCCGUCAACGGCAGCUAA